AGUCACUGAUCCCAGCAGGCAAAAAAAAUCUAUUACUCUGUGAGACUAUUAUUAUUUUCUGUUACGCUUCCCUCCUAUUAUAGUCCACUGCCUGGUUGCUAGGGUAAAUCAAUAUCUCUGCCUUCAUACUAAAAAAAGGUAAUUUGAAAAAGAAGUUCCACAAAAGUAUCCACUCGCAUAUUGUUGAUUGCUGCUAAAUGCCUUCCUAGACGUUGGUCCAUUUUAUCACUGUGGUUCUGUAUCCAUGAGAACAGAAUGAAACCCAAAGUGCAGACCUACUUCGGAUGUAUUCAGCAUUACUACUAUUAUGUCCAGGCUCGUACCUGGCCAGCGGGACACCAGGAAAAAACCCGGUAAAUUUAACCUGACAUGAACAAAAAACGCAGAACAUGGAUUCUGAAGUCUCCCCAAAAACAAAGAAUGGAGAGGAGCCGUCUACAAACAGUUCUCAGGAUACCCAUGAGGGAGAAUGUCCUGAUUCAGAUAUAGGUAUUGACUUUCCAAGUGGUCGAGAUUCCGUUUUAACAGAAGAAAACAAUGUCCCCCGAUAUCCCCUUCGUAGGCUCAAAUGCAUUAAAUCAAGCAAACAGACGUCUACAAAGGUAUCUACUCAAGCUUCUGGGCCUGAUCAUGUAGAAGAAGAAGAAGAGUAUAAUCUAAAAGACAGUAUAGGGGACCAACAAAAGUGUGACGACAAUCAGAAGACAAAUACUGCACUGAAAAUGAAAGUCCAGAAACGUAAUAAAGACACUGCCGACAUCUCAAAGCUCCCAAUUCAAUAUACUCCUUACAAAGUUCAGAAAACCUACAUCUGCACUGAAUGUGGGAGAAGCUGCAUUUCUAGUUCACAUCUGAUAAUACAUCAGAGAUCCCAUACCGGAGAGAGACCUUUUUCAUGCACUGAUUGCGGCAAAAGUUUUGCAAGAAAAUCCUCCCUUGUAAUACAUGAGAGAAUCCACUCUGGAGAGAGGCCGUACACUUGUACACAUUGCGGUAAAAGCUUUACUAGCAGUGCCACGUUGUCUACUCAUAUUAGAAUCCAUACAGGAGAAAGGCCAUACGUCUGUUGGGAAUGUGGUAAAAGCUUUACUAGUAACUCUUCUCUGUUUAUACAUAAUCGAACCCACACAGGAGAAAAACCAUACAUAUGCGUCGAGUGUGGCAAAACAUUUUCUUGCACUUCCGCUCUCGUCAUACAUAAGCGAUCGCACACCGGCGAGAAACCAUUCACUUGCGAUCAUUGUGGGAAGAGCUUUGCCGACAACUCUAGGCUUGUGAAGCAUAAGACAGUUCACACAGGGGACUGGGCAUUCGUGUGCACUGUAUGCGGAAAGGGGUUUACUUGUUACUCAAAUCUUAAUGUGCACCAGAGAUCUCACACCGGAGAGAAACCAUACGCCUGCAGUAAAUGCGACAAAAGGUUUGCACUUAACAGAGAUCUUGUAAGACAUCAAACCACUCACACUGGCGAGAGGCCCUUUUCAUGUUCGGAAUGCGGCAAGAGUUUUACGCGUAAGGCCCACCUAACGACACAUCUGAAAAUUCACUCAAGGGUAAAGACAAAAAUAAACACAGAAUAAAGAACAUGACACAAGGAAAAACGUGCAAGAUUUUGCAAACUCAAGUCAAAGUCGGGUGGUCCUUGACUUUUAUUCUGAUAUUUGAAUUUUAAAACACAACUGGAAACACAAACAAUAUCAUUCGUAGUGCUUUCGGCUUGUAGACCGUACGCUUGGAAUAACAGACUGGGCAGUCUAUCUUGCAUGGGGUUUUUGAAACAUUUGAGAUGUACACAAACCCACCCCAUAUUGUAGCACAAAUGGGACAUUUCAAUAUCAUUUCAGUAGAAAACAAAUCUUUGGCACUUAUGAAGUUUUGCAGAGUAAAAAAAAAAAAGACUGAAUUGACAAGUUCAUACCUGGAGGAUUGUGUUGUAACUUUAUAGAACUUGAUGUAAAUAUUCUCUACAUUUUUAUUGAGAGUACAAAUGCAUGUGCAAUUGUUUUGCACAGACUGGGAGAAAAAUGUGCAAUAUCUGAAAUACAUACUUUUUUGUGUGUA